GUUACUUUUGAGGUCAUUCAGGAGAAGUGUGCAGUAUUCAAUUUUGUUAACUUGUUAUUUAUAGAAUGACAUCUAAUUCCAAACACGGACCUCAAGAUUUACCUCCUAAAAAUGGAUAUCCUCCUUUGGAUUUCUCUCGAAUUCGGGUUAAUACUUUUAUGAAAGGUAAAUGGGCUCUCGCAUUAUUUAUAGCCACGAAUGUGGUGGGAAUGCCGCUUUAUUUUGAAGGUCAGAAAAUUUUAACUAAAAGGAAGAUCGCUAAAUUAAGUGAUGAAUUAGCAAUAUUUCCCAUUUUCUUAGCAGAAAUGGAUAGAAAUAUAUUAAGAUACAUGAAAAAAGCACGAGAUAUAGAAACUGACGUAAUGAAGAAUUUCCCAAAAUGGGAAGUAGGUACAUAUUUUGGAAGCAAAAGAUAUCAAACACUAUCAGAAGAUACAUAUGUAACGCCGCCAACAGCCGACUUUUAUUUGUUUACGCAAGAUUUAAUGCCUAGCAGAAUGAUUUUUGCACGAUAAAAUGUGUAAAAUGAUAUGUAGGUAAACUUUCUUGCAUGAAGGUUUGUAAAUUAGUUUGUUAUAUUAACUAAAAUGUAAUUAAUACAAUGCUAUUACUGCAAAUA